GAGCGGUGGAUUGAGUCAGUCGAUGCUGAGACUCCCUGUCUAAAUGCUUCACUGCAUCUUUUACAAUAUUGUUUGCAUUAAUUUACAAAUUGUCAAAUUUUUUUUUUCAUUCAUAAAGAUUGCUUUAUCUGAAAGGCAAGGGAAUUUAUUUGAUCUGAGAGAGAAGGGAUUUAUUUUUCAGUAGUAUUUCAGCAUUUUUAGCUUAUUCUGACGCAAAAAAUGAAGAAAUCAAAACAGGAUUUCUUCAAGCAGAAGAUAUGGAUUUGUUUGUUCUUAAACAUGAAGCAUAAUGUGUGUCAUCUGGAGCUUUGACGGGGAAAUGAAUCAGAAUCAGAAUGAGUAAAUGUGAACUUUAGGAUGAGAGUAAGUUUUGGUAAAGUUGAAGUAAAGUGAAGUUCCAGUGGACAGACGCUUGCUGUCAGUGAUGCGGUGGACAGGGAUGUGCUUCACUGGGAUUAUGGGCAAACGAACACAGCCUUCAUGGGUCACGGUCUUCUUGUUUUACUCAGGAUGCUUGUUCCUCCUGACCAAUGCACAGAUGAAGAUUCCACCUGAAACGGUUCAAAAAUGGGCCAAUAGCCUUUCAGAACAGCUAAAUUCAGUUGCUGUUAAGUAUUCUGGAUCUGCACUUCUACAGAAGAAACUCAAUGAUGUGGAGCCUGUUAUUCAGAUAGAAAAACUUGAUGGAGCUAAAUUGGCCCAGGAAUUUUCCGAUGAAAUUGAGAAGAUGCUGGGAAGCAAGAUGAAGUCUGUUAAGCGACUGGCAGAUACAGUGGAGGAUGCAGAUCUAUAUCACGAGUUUAAUGCAAGUUUAGAGUUUGACUAUUUCAACUCCCUGCUGAUAAACACGAUGGAUGAAGAGGGCAACUACAUUGAACUCGGUGGCGAGUUUCCACUAGAAGAUAACGAGCAUUUUAACAAUCUGCCAGUUAACACACUAAUGAGUGACAUCCAAGUCCCAACCAAUGUGUACAACAAAGAUCCAGACAUUCUUAAUGGCGUGUACAUGUCCGAGGCUUUGAACGAUGUCUUCAUCAGUAACUUCCAGAAGGACCCAACUCUCACAUGGCAGUUCUUUGGAAGCUCCACUGGUUUCUUCAGACUCUACCCAGGCAUCAAGUGGACUGCAGACCCCAAUGGAGUGGUUGCAUUUGACUGUCGGAAUAGGAACUGGUACAUUCAGGCUGCUACGUCUCCAAAAGACAUCAUUAUAGUGGUGGAUAUCAGCGGCAGCAUGAAGGGUCUGAAGCUCACUAUUGCCAAACACACCAUAAACACCAUCCUGGACACUCUGGGUGAAAACGACUUUGUCAACAUUAUCGCGUACACUGAUUACGUCCAGUAUGUGGAGCCCUGUUUUAAAGGCACACUCGUACAGGCGGAUCUGGACAACCGGGAGCAUUUUAAGCUGCUUGUGGAAGACCUCCAAGUAAAGAGGGAGGGGAAAGUUAAGAAGGCCAUGAAUGAAUCUUUUUGGGUGUUGAAUCAGGCUACAGAAAAGGGGCAGGGCAGCUUGUGCAAUCAGGCCAUCAUGCUCAUCACAGAUGGAGCCAUGGAAGAUUUCCAGUCUGUGUUCGAGGAGUUCAACUGGCCCGAGAGGAAGGUGCGAGUCUUCACCUACCUCAUCGGCCGUGAUAUGACCUUCGCAGAAAAUGUGAAGUGGAUCGCUUGUAACAAUAAGGGUUACUAUACUCACAUUAACACACUGGCCGAUGUCCAGGAGAACGUCAUGGAGUAUCUUCAUGUCCUUAGUCGGCCCAUGGUCAUAGAUCACGAUCAUGACAUCAUCUGGACCGAGGCGUACAUGGACAGUGUGCUCCCUAACACUAAAGAGCUCUUUAACAGCAUGGCUCAGAGUCUGCUUCUGAUGACCACCGUGGCCAUGCCUGUGUUCAGCAAGAAGAAGGAGACUAUGUCACAUGGAAUUCUGCUGGGAGUGGUGGGCACGGACAUUCCCUUAGUGGAGGUUAUGAUGCUUGCCCCACGAUACAAGCUGGGUGCUCAUGGUUAUGCUUUCCUUAUUACAAACAACGGCUACAUUCUGGCACACCCCAAUUUAAGGCCUCUAUAUAAAGAUGGAAAAAAGCUGAAACCCAAACCAAACUACAACAGUGUGGACCUCACCGAGGCUGAAUGGGAAGACAGUAAUGACACUUUGAGAACAGCCAUGGUGAAAGGUGAAACUGGUACGUUAGAGUUAGAUGUAAGAACCGCAGUGGACAAAGGGAAAAGAUCCUUGUUGCUUAAAAACAAAUAUUUCUACACAACCAUCGAUGAGACACCGUUUAGCUUUGGGAUGGUGUUAACACAAGGUCAUGGCCAAUAUGUGUUUCAUGGAAAUGUUUCUAUUGAAGAGGGCCUUCAUGAUCUUCAGCAGCCAGACCUAACCAUAGCCAAUGAGUGGACUUACUGUGAGACAGAUAUCGACCCCCAACAUCGGAAACUAACUCAGCUCCAGGCUGUUGUCCGAUACCUGACUGGGAAAGAGCCUGAACUUGAAUGCGAUGAGGUUCUUCUGCAGCAAGUACUGUUUGACGCGGUGGUCACAGCUCCACUCGAAGCCUAUUGGACUGCGCUGAUGAUGAGCGAUGCUGGUGUGGAAGAUCAUAUUGAGACUGCCUUCUUGGGGACACGCUCAGGCCUCAUGCGCAUCACAAGAUACAUUGGCAAAGAGGAAAGGAAGGGGAAGAACUUUUUAACCCCAGUGGACAAGGAGAAUCUCUUUACUAUGGAUCAUCACCCUAUCUGGUAUCGUCUGGCAGCUGAGAACAAACCGGGACAGUUUUAUUAUUACGUACCUGUUGACGAUAUCAAUAAAGAAAAGAACAUGUUGAUAGCAGUGACUGCUGUAACUGUGACUGCACAGAACAGAAUAGCAUUGGCUGGAGCAAUUGGACUUCAAAUGUCAUUAAAUCUACUCGAAAGAAGAUUCUGGGCCACAGCUAAAGAGGCAGAUGACACGGAUUGCAGUAAUGUGGAUGGGUUGUGUCCUCUGAGCUGUGAAAGCAUUGAUAUUAACUGUUACCUGGUGGACAACAAUGGGUUCAUAGUGAUCUCUAAGGAGAGAAGUGACGUUGGAAAAUUCUUUGGGGAAGUCGAUGGAUCAGUAAUGGCCCAGCUCCUCAAAUCAGGCUUGUUUAAAAGGGAGACUUUGUAUGACUACCAGGCCAUGUGCAAGAACAGCCAUCAUCACGCAAGUGCAGCUCGACCCCUGCUGAGUCCUUUCUACAACCUGAUGGCAGUAGUCAAGUGGCUUUUCUCCAACCUCAUAAUGUUUUUUUUGGAGUUUAACAUCAGUGGGCUGUGGCAUAACGGCUUUCUGGUAGACGCCAAGUCAGGAUAUCACACUACACACAAACAGAAGAAGGUGGAAUCCAUGGUGCCCUGUAACACUGAAUAUCCCGGAUUCAUAUACGACACCUCCAUCAGGGAGACCAACAGCAUUAUUAAGUGUGGUCGCUGUCAAAAGAUGUUUGUGCUCCAGCAGGUUUUAAACAGUAACUUGGUGAUGCUGGUGGUGCAAGCAGACUGUGACUGCUCACGCCAGUACUCCCCCAUCACCCUUACACCGAGAGAAGUCAAAUAUAACGCAACAGUGAAAUGCAACCGGAUGAAAUCACAGAAGAUCCGCAGACGUCCCGAGUCCUGUCACGCAUACCAUCCUCAUGAAAAUGCUAAAGACUGUGGUGGGGCGUGUGGGAUCUCCGUAUCAGUGGCUCUUUUCUUCACAUCCCUGGUCACAUCACUGACUCUUCGCUGAUGAACAAAGACAAACAUCCGUCUGCUUCAGGCACUCGGGGGUAUACACACUGCCUGCUGUUUUAGAUCCAAGAACCUUUGGUGAACGCUGAACCACUGUGAAAUCUUUACAGUGGACAUGCAUAAUUGUGGCUGUAACCAAAGCAUUUUGAAAUAAACCUUGUACGAUGCUGAAAGA